AUGCUGUCGCAGAGGCUUCUACUGGCUCUAUUGAGCUUCUUGGUGCCCGCAUCCGCUUUGUGGCCCCUCCCCAGACAGAUCAGCACAGGAAAUUCAACGCUCAAGCUUGCUAGGAACUUUGACAUAAAAAUAUCACUCAGAAAUGCGCCAAAGGACCUCCAGGACGCUGUAUCGAGGACCAAAGGCCGCCUCCAAAGUGACAAACUCGAACGCCUCGUGGUGGGGCGAGGAGGUGCCGAUGCCCAGGCCGUGAGGGGCGGGAGGGCGACGCUAAGCGGUCUGACGUUGUCGUUGCUGGAUGGCGCGCCUGUGAGGAGCAUCUCAGAGGAAGCUGUAGUCGAUGUGGUGAGUAGAAGCGAAGGAUAUGUGCUGCAUGUGCCCAGCGAUGGCUCUGCUGCCGUUCUCCGCGCGAACUCUACCUUGGGGCUGCUCCGAGGGUUGUCGACAUUCGAGCAACUCUGGUACGAUUCAGAUGGGACAACCUACGCGUUGGGCGCGCCCAUUGAUAUCACGGAUUCACCAGCUUAUCCUUAUCGCGGGUUCAUGCUGGACACUGCACGGAACUUCUUCCCAUUGUCAGACAUUAAACGGACGCUUGACGCAAUGAGUUGGGUGAAGAUUAACACGUUCCAUUGGCAUGUCGUGGACAGCCAGAGCUUCCCCCUCGUUGUCCCUGGGUUCAAGGAGCUGUCGGAUAAGGGCGCAUACAGCCCAACUUCUGUGUACACACCAAGCGAUGUCAAAGACAUCAUAUCCUAUGCCGCUGCGCGAGGCAUCGACGUGAUAGCAGAGAUUGAUACGCCAGGGCAUACCUCAGUAAUUUCAAAAUCGCAUCCUGAACAUAUUGCUUGCCCCGAGGCUACACCUUGGGGCUCCUUCGCCAACGAACCUCCUGCUGGUCAAUUGCGACUGGCGUCCCCGGGUACCAUUGACUUUACCACCAAACUAAUCAAGGCUGCAUCCAAGAUGUUCUCGUCGAAGUUCUUCAGCAUCGGCGGUGACGAAAUCAACACCAAUUGCUAUAAUAACGAUGCGCAGACACAGACAGACCUCGCAGGAAGAACGUUCGAAGAAGCGCUUGACACUUUCACGCAAGCUACUACGGGUGCAUUGAAAGAAAAUGGCAAGGUGCCAGUCGUCUGGGAGGAAAUGGUAUUGGAGCAUAAUGUGACUUUACCAAAGGAAACUGUGGUCAUGGUAUGGAUAUCUUCGGAGCAUGUAGCAGCGGUGGCGCAGAAGGGAUUCCGAUUGGUACAUGCGGCUUCUGACUUCUUUUACCUGGACUGUGGCGGAGGUGGAUGGGUGGGCGAUUUCGCAUCGGGCAACAGCUGGUGUGAUCCUUUCAAAACGUGGCAGAAGUCCUACUCAUUCGACCCUACCGCCAGCCUCACCGCUGAGCAGGCUAAUCUGGUUUUGGGUGGCCAGCAUUUACUUUGGACCGAACAAUCAGGUCCUGAGAACCUGGACCCUGUUGUGUGGCCUCGCGCUGCGUCGUCUGCUGAACUAUUCUGGACAGGACCCGGUCAAGACGCUGGCGCCGCUUUAUCCCGUCUUCACGACGUCGCCUAUCGCAUGAGGAAGAGAGGCGUGAACGCGAUCGCCCUCCAGCCACAGUGGUGUGCUUUGAGGCCAGGGGCUUGUGAUCUGACAGCUUGA